AUGGAUGAUCUACCAUCGAAAUUUCAUAUGGAAAAUAAUCAUAUUUUUCCCAAGUUUACUUUUGCAGAACUUGCGAAAGAGAAUAUUACUAGUUAUCAAUUAUAUCUUUGGUCAGCACCAAUUGACGUGGCAGAGCGUUAUCAACUCUAUCUAAAUCAAAUGUCAAUAUCAAAUAAUCGAUCUUUGGAAAGAGAAAUUUACUAUAAUUGUACAUUGCCAAGAUUUGGUUCGUUAUGUCAAUAUGAAAUUAACUAUGUUCAUGAAAACUAUUCAUCUCUAUAUGAUAUGAUCAAUAAUUACUAUGAAGAGCGAUACUUCAAUCCUGAUGUAAACUGUUAUACUCAUUUACAAUGUAAUCGUGGUCCAUCACCAGCUUGUUUGGAUUGGACAGAGAUUUGUGAUGGUCAAGUUGAUUGCAUCGAUGAUAAAGUGGAUGAAAAAGAUUGUUGGAAAAUUGAAAUUCAUGUAUGUCAAGAUGAUGAAUUCCAAUGUUCGAAUGGACAAUGUAUACCUAUGGCUUUUUAUCGCGAUGAUGAGACUAGUGAAGAUUGUGCUGACAUGACAGAUGAACGUUCGCCACAAGUAACAGAAUCGUUGCGCUUCAUUUAUAAACAACCGUCAUUUAUAAAUGAAGAGAUCAAAUUUCGUCCACUACCCAUCGGAAAUCUUAAUUUCGAUCUAACAUGUAUCAUUGUAUCAACUCUUCAAAAUGUGUCUCAAUGA